GUCAGAUCCCGCAAUGCCGCUCAAGACGCCUCGCAAUGAAAACUUCGCAAAGCUCACCGCUGGUUAUCUUUUCCCAGUCAUCAACCAGAAGAAGAAGGAUUAUUUGGCUGCCAACCCCAACGCUUCCUUGAUCUCCCUCGGCAUCGGCGAUACCACUCAUCCUCUUCCUGCCGCUGUCUCUGAUGCCAUGGCUUCCUAUUCCAAGGGCUUGGGUUCCCAGGAGGGCUAUGAGGGUUAUGAUCCCAAGUGCGAGAGCACUUUGAAGGAGAAGAUCGCGAGUGUCUUGUACAACGGAAUGAUCAAGCCGGACGAAGUCUUCGUCAGCGAUGGCAGCAAGUGCGACAUCGGCCGCCUCCAGCUUCUCUUCGGCACCAAGGCGACUGUCGCCGUGCAGGAUCCUGCCUACCCCGUCUACGUUGACUCGAGCGUCAUCAUGGGACGCUCUGGACUCAACAACCCUGAGACGAAGCAGUACGCGGGUCUCACCUACAUGCCGUGCACACCAGACAACGGGUUCUUCCCCGACAUCUCGCUCGCCAAGGACAGCGACAUCAUCUACUUCUGCAACCCCAACAACCCCACUGGCGCUUGCGCGACCAAGCCCCAGCUUGAGAGCCUGGUCAACUUCGCCAAGGAGCACGGAAAGGUUAUCAUCUUCGAUUCCGCCUACUCCUCCUUCAUCACCGACCCUGCGUGCCCCAAGUCGAUCUACGAGAUCGAAGGAGCGAAGGAGGUUGCGAUUGAGACCACUUCCUUCUCCAAGCUUGCGGGUUUCACUGGCGUUCGUCUGGGAUGGAUCGUUUGCCCAGCGGAGUUGAAGUUUGCGGAUGGCACACCAGUCAAGAACGACCUUGGUCGCAUCAUGAGCACCUUGUUCAACGGCGCCAGCAGUGUCGCUCAGCAAGGAGGCAUCGCGGCCCUCGACAACAUCAACCAGGUCAUGGACAUCGUCAAGUACUACCUGGAGAACGCCAAGCUCGUCCGCGAGACCCUCGACUCCUGCGGCAUCAAGUACUAUGGAGGCGACAACGCUCCUUACAUCUUCGCGCACUUCCCCGGAAGAGACUCGUGGGAUGCUUUCGAGGAGAUUCUCACCAAGUGCCAGGUUGUCACAACUCCGGGCUUUGGCUUCGGGCCCGCCGGUCAGGGGUUCGUCCGCAUCAGCGCCUUCGGACAGCGCGAGAACGUUGUCGAGGCUUGCAAGCGCCUUGCUAACCACUUCAAGAAGUAAAAAGCGUCAUGCAGACAAACUUUGUGCUGAGCUAGCCUGAUAUGUACGAUCCAGUGAACGAAAUGAUUGAGUUCGAAAGAGUUUCUUAACAAAAU